AUGGAUCCGUUGGAGGAGUUUGACCACCUACUGAUAUUCAAUUGCGGCAACCAUCACUUCAAGCUUAUUUGCCCUGCGAAAAGUGCAAAUCAUAUGGGAUGGCUCGAGAGUCUUGCAUCUCUUAUAGUUGACGCUAUGACAGAACGUGUUACAGCUAUAAAAUGUUUGAACAUACCAUUGAGAUCAAAGAAAAGCUUUCUAGCUAUUGGCCUGAUGUUGAAUUCAUCAAUAUCGUUUACUCCAAUAAUCCGUGGCCCUAGAUGUGGCACUGACGCCGGCAAGCAGUUCAGAGAUUUAUGGGGAGAUAAAUCUGAAAUAAGACAUAUAGAUGGAGAUCUGUUUGAGUGUGUUAUUUGGGAUUCUUCGAAAGAUGUUACUUCACAGAUAAUUGACUAUGUCCUCUUAAGGAAAUUCAAGCUUGCUGAUCAAACGGAUUUGGGCCUUUGGCACCAAGUAUCUUCUACGCGACUCAGUGAUCUGCUACGUUCAUUUUCGCCUUCCUAUGCGUCUUUACGAUUCCCUUCUCGAGCGAGUACGCUUCACCUCAUUCGCUCUCUCGAUCAACUCGAUUCAGUCUUGCGGAGUUUUAACAAACAUCUUCCUCUAAACAUUAUGGGUGUGCAAGCUAUCUCGGCCGAAUUUCGCGGUACUUCCGUUUUUGCACCCAUUGUAACUGUGCGUGGUACUGCUCAAAGAAAGUUGAAACCUCUCAUGAAAAGUUCAUGGCAUGAUAUUCACCAUACUCUCCGACCUUUAUACGCUACAAUAAAUAUCGAAACCUCUAGCAAGUGGCCGCGCGAUGAUUACCGAGCUUUUUUUCAUAUGAAGCGUCUUUUUCUCCUUCGCAUCAAGGAACUACUCGUUCACAUAGGAGUCCCAUCUAGAAUCGUUCCUUCUGGAAUGCUCGACAUUUUUAUUAAUGGCAUAGUGCUCCGUAUUGGAUUCUGUCAACCUCUGGAACUAUCACUCUUGCGACGAAAUUGCGAUUUAAACCAGCGAAGAAGCUUGAAGACGUCUUCUCAGAUCAACCAAAAUGAUUCCAUCAAAGAGCCGGAAACAAUACGCAGAUGGCUAGUGUUCAAUGAAUGGCUACCCGCUGUGGCUAGUCAGUUGAUGGCCAUCUCCAGGAGUCAUUUGCAUACGUAUCCUGAGGCCUGUCGUCUAGUGAAAAGAUGGCUCUCUGCGCAUGGUUAUCCGGUUAUCCAAUGUCCCGAUCUAUGCACCGAACCGUAUGGACUCGAUUCCCAGUUAGUCCACUUGGGUGAUGCGGAUCUAGGCGCAUCACAGUGUCGCCUUUCUGAAAUAGCCGCGGAAUUGUUAGUUGUUCAUGCAGGUGGUUUUACUCCGGCCGUCCAAACUCUCUCUUAUUCAGCCGGUUUACCGGAUGCCACGAGGGAAAACUUCGUUUCAUCCUCACCACUGGCUACGUUUUUGCGUUUCCUUCGACUUUUGUGUGUAUUCGACUGGACAAAUGAUAUCCUUUUGGUUGACCUAAACGAUGGAUUUGUGGGAAAGGAAGGUCAGGAGAAAGCCGGUGCCGCGGUAACCACUUUUAAGGUUACUCCACGCGACAAAUUGCCUGCGAUGGUGAUCGCCACCCCACUUGAUCUUUCGGGCACUCACUGGACUCUCCAGGGCCCCUCAGUCGAAGGUCUCAAACGUCUUCGGACACUGGCGAUGCAAUCACAUGAACUGCUUCGAGCCAUGCUAGUCGCUGGCGCUGAGUUUUCUGAUCUAAAGGCAGUCUUUCGACCGGAUCUGUCACAGAUGGAUGUUCUGAUCAAGCUCAGACCCUCUGUUUCCAAGACACGCAUAUUGGAGGCUAUUGACCUUGAGGUACCAAGUUGGGCGCUCAAGAAAACUUCUCCAGAGGAUGAGAAAUUGAAAGCUGACCCGAAAGGCACCGUCCUCACCAAGGAAUCUGAUCCAGUGACUCUCGACCUCCCCCAUCCUGGUGCCAGCUACUGGCCAACAGGUUAUCUCUGCGAUCCCGUCACUUGGAUUCUGCGCCAAAUUCAGGCGAAAAUUGACAAAUGGGAUCUGUUUGAAUAUAUGUGGGAUCGUCACUCUGGUCGUUGGAUAGGGCUGUGUGUAAAGGAUGCUCCAGAAUGUGCCCGUUUGCGCGAACUGAAGCCCUUCACUGAGUCGAAACUCUGCAUGGCAGGUGGCUUCGCCCGUCACCGUGAGUCCCCUACUGGUUCGAUGUCCCUCACUGUGGAUAUACAGUCGGCCCUGGGGGCUCUACAUCUCUGGGCUGUAGAAAUGGUAGAGUGGGUGCGGAUUCAGCGCCCCUGGUCCUUCAAGCUGCCAGGCGUGGAGGUGCAGGGGCCAGCUGCGGCGGUCUUUUCUUCCGUCACCACUGGAAGGAAGAAUUCUUUCGAAAAUAGCGAUAACGAGAAAAAGGAAAGAAAAGUUAGAAGCUACAGUCCCGUUUUGAAAAUCAGGAGAAGAAAAGGCGGUCGUAAAGAUCACUCCGAAGCCGAAAAGUAG